AUGGAUCCCAAGGGAAGCAAUGGUUCAGGCCUCCAGGAUGAGCACAUUACAGACUUGCUGAUGUUUGGCUUCCUUCAAAACUGCUCCAACUACAAUUUCCAAAAAGAGCUGCAGGUGUUGGGCCAUGACCUAUAUUUGCCAGCUGGCCUACGGGAAAACCAUGAUGAUGAACUGCAGACCGAUGGCAGCCAGUACAGCCACUUUGUCCUGGAGAGCCAGGAGACAGACUCUGAGAGUCAAGACGAAAUCAUCCAGAAUAUCGCCAGACAACUUGCCCAUAUAGGGGACAGGAUGGACCGCAGCGUCCCCCCAAGACUGGUGAAUCACCUGGCAAUACAGUUUAUGAAUGGGAACCUGUCAGAGGAAGACAGAAGGGAGUGCCUUGCUGCUGCCCUGGAGCAGGUCAUGCAGACGCAUCCUAAAGACAUGGAGAAGGAGAAGACUAUGCUGAUAUUGACCAUGCUGUUGGCCAAAAAGGUGGCCGAUCACACACCAUCCUUGCUUCAUGAUGUCUUUCGCACAUCAGUGAAUUUUAUUAAUCAGAACCUACUCACCUAUGUGAGAAACUUAGUCAGAAAUGAGAUGGACUGA